AUAUAUAUUGAAAAGUUGCAAUGAAGUUACAGAAAUCAAUUCAAUAUGAACUAGACUUUAUAUAAACCCAAAAUACAAUUCGAGGUUUCUAAAGUAUUGAAAAAUCACUGGAUAUAUCUGUUGAAGUAUAAGAGAUCUAGCGAUAUGGAGGAGGUCGUGCUCGUCAGAACUGAUGGAACAAGUGUCUGUGUACAAGAUGGCGGCGCCCGGGGCCUUAACUGUCGUGAAAAUCGCCAGGAAGUAGCCCGUAAACGGAAGCCGUGCGGUGUCGCAGCGAGCCGCGGAUCCCCGCUCCAAAGGAUGUGAUCCGAGGAAGAAGAAGAAGAAGGCCGAGUCCGGGCCAGAGGAGCCUUUUUCUACACUAUCACGAGGAAAUCCGGAUUAUCCUCGGGCCAGUAUUGUGAUCUUCUUCGUGGCCACGCCGACGAUGGAGUCCAGGGAACGCUACCAAGAGCUCUGCAGGCUUUGCGCAUCCUACGACGCCGUCAAAAUGGACAUCUUCGGUCAAGAAGGCAAAAACAGACAGCUUGUUGACAAGAUACAAGCUUGUUUGCCAUUUAAGAUUGCAGAAGAUGAUCGAUUACCAAAAUGCCUUUGUUAUCGGUGUAUGUACAAUUUGGAAAAUUUCUAUGAUUUUAGAACAGCAUGUGUUAAUGCAGUGGCUCUAUUAGAAAGGUGUUUGUCACCUUCAGAAUCGAAUGAAGAUGUUACAACUCUAACAUGUUUUAAUGACUCAGAAUUCUUUAAAGGAAGAAAAAGUAUACCAGUGUUGAUUCCAGAAGCUCCUAUUGUAAAUCCAAAUGCUGCCUUAGGCACACCUCCUAGAUUAAAUUCUGAUGGUGAGGCUGAUCAUGACACUGAAGAAAUUGUUGAUAACAGUGGUACAGAUGAAGCAACAAUAAUAGAUGAGUCUGAAGAUCGUCAUUCAGUAGAGUAUGAAAUGGAUAUGGAAACAAAUCCAAGUGAUUUUUUGGAAAUGACCUCAAUAGUUACAGAAGAACCUGAUGAAUCAGAAUUAAGACAUCAAGAAAUUUCCAAUAACUUACCAGAGCAUACAUCUCAGCAACAUGAAGUUUAUGUUUGUUCCUUGUGCAGUAAAGCAUUUAGUUCAAAAGGUCAUUUAUCCUUACACGCACGCAUUCAUGUUGGUGCCGGUGAUGUGAUUGGUGAAAAAGUUCUUACAGAUGAUCAUACAUCUUAUAAAAGACCUUAUCAAUGUGAUCUUUGUCAUAAAUCAUAUUCCACCGCAAAACAUCGUUGGGGCCAUGUUUCAACAACUCAUAGAGGUCAUCCUGCAGUGACAUGUGGUUAUUGUUCACGGAUUUACUCUACUCGAACAAAUUUAGAAGAACAUAUAAAAUCACGUCAUGCUGGUCUUCCAGCAUCUAUGGAAAUUCCAGUAAACAAUGUUUAUCGUUCAGAAAAUAGAUAUCAGUGUAAUGCUUGUGGAAAGAUUUGUAUGGAUGCUAUGGAAUUGAAUCUUCAUGGCAGAAUUUGUUCUGAAGGACAAAGAUUAGAUUUUCCAGGAAAAAUCGGGAUUGCAGAUAAUAAAGUUAUGGAUAGUUCUGAAGCUUCGAGUAUCGGAAGUGAUGAUGAUAGCAAAGAUUAUAGAAAUGCAGAAGCUAAAUUAGCAAAAAAUCCUCAGUUAACUAUUUUAAAACAAGCAUUAACAAAAGGAGAUAGUCUCAAGCGAGAUUUUGAAGAUAAAUUUACAACAAAUAGCAAACCAAAAAAAUUACCAAAAAUAGAGCACAUUAAUAUUCAAAAUAAAAAAUGGUAUUGUGAAUCUUGUCCUCAGUAUUUUACUUCAAUUGAGGAUUUAAAAGAACAUGAAGCAAUUCAUGAUGCUGAUAAGCCAUUUGUUUGUAUUUUAUGUAAAAAAGAUUUUGUCCUUAAGUCUUCUUUAAGUAGACAUAUUCAAACUUUGCAUGGUGUUGAUCCAUGUCCUAUAAUAGAAAAUGAUAAAUGUUUAAAGAAAAUUGUUUUACAAAAUUGGAAUGAAUCUAUGGACUUUGAUUCAUAUGAGGGCAAGAUCUCUUCUGAAUUUCCGUUUUCUCCAGAGAUAAAUGCAGAAAAUGAAGAAGAUCAUGAGAGUGGACACGAAAAUCUCAUUGAAAUUGAAACUGUAUUUGUUUGUGAAAUUUGUACUCGCGAUUUUAAUGAUCGUGCAUCUCUUUGGCUUCAUAUCCGUGCUACUCACAAAGAAUUUGCAGCAUUUGCAUGUGGUGUUUGCUUAAAAAUUUGUUCAGACAAUACACAACUCUUAAAUCAUGUUAAUAUGUAUCAUGGUGGUUCAAAAUUGUUACUUUCUGAACAAAGAAGAUAUAGUUGUACUAUUUGUGGUAGACAACAUGAUUAGAAAAAAUUAAUUGCACAUGUGUCUAUACAUAAUAUGGAUCCAAAUUAUGAUCCUGCAACUUUUGUUCAAUUGAAUAGUAAUUAUUAUGGAGAAAAUAUUAAUGGUAAUGAAACUACAGAACAAAUGCUAGAUUAUGAAGAAGAUGGAGAUAAAGUAGAUUGUUAUAUUUGUUAUAAAUCAUUUCCUAAUGAAGAUCAUUUGAUACGACAUCAAAGAAAUGCACAUAGAUCAGAACAAUUAGUACCUACGGGGGAUCCUUUAAAUCCAUCGAAUUUAAAUAGCAGUGGAAAUAGAGCUCAAUAUCAUCUCUUUUUUGUUUGUGAACUUUGUGGAAGUUCGCAUCCUAGUAAAUGGGAACGUUGGUUACAUGUUAGCUCUUCACAUAAUAAUGAAUCAGCGAUAAAAUGUGAUCGUGAAGAUUGUGGUAAAAUUUUUGCUACAAAAUCUCUUAGAAAUGAACACAUUCAACAUCAUGCAAUUCAAGGCUCAUCCCCAAAUACUUGUGAAAUUUGUGGUAAACUUUGGGGUAGUAGAGUUGAUUAUUGGAAACAUGUUAUGGGCGUUCAUUCGGAUACUGUUCCAUUAAUUUGUGGUGUCUGUUUAAAAGUGUUUCCCAAUGUUUUACAAUUAAGCACUCAUGUAAGAUCGAAACAUUGGCCAUUAACAAAUGGUGAUUUUAGUUGUGACAUUUGUGGUAGACCCUAUUCAAAUAAAUCUAAAAUGUCUAGACAUAGAAAAAUCCACGGUUUUGAAGAAAAUUGUGAUAAUGGGAUAGAAAAUAGUGAAAAUAAAGUAGAUGGACGAAUAAGAGAAACUGAUUUAAGUUGUGAACUUUGUGCAGAUUUGAAAUUUACUAAUUUAGAGAAGUUAUGUAAUCAUAGACGAAUUAUUCAUGGACUUUUCCCUUGUGAUCUUUGUAAUAAAUGUUAUGGAAGAACAUCACAUUUAUGGAAACAUGUAAACAGAGUCCACAAAGGUCAUGAAGAUGUAACUUGUCCUUAUUGUUUGAAAACUAGUGCUUCAAAAGAUCAUUUAGCAGCACAUAUCUCAAAAAUUCAUAGAUAUGAACCUGAUUCUAGAAAAGAUGGAAAAGAUAAUAGACAAUUUAAAACUGAAGAAGUUAGUUUACAUUAUUGUGAAAAAUGUAAUAAAGGAUUUCAUAAACGGUAUCUUUUACGUAGACAUAUGAAGGGAUGUCAGAAUUAUAGAAAAGAUCCAGGUGCAUUAUUAACGAGAUGUAGGGCUUGUGAAAGAAUAUUUAAAGAUCGUGCUAGUUUACAAAAACAUAUUGAAAAUCAUCAUAGUACAUACACAUGUCAUCUUUGUAAUGAAACAAUUACCUCAAAAUUAGGAAUUAUGACACAUAAUAGGGUGAAACAUAUGGAUCAUCCAGAUUUAACUUGCAAUUUUGGAUCUUGUAGGAAAUUAUUUAGAACAAAAGAAGAUUUAGAAACUCAUAGAAAAGAUCAUAGAUAUCAUACUACUCCCAAUGUAUGUGAUUUUUGUGGUGAUACUGUUGAAAAUAAACUAAAAUUGAAAAUGCAUGUAUUAUCUCUUCAUCGUAAUGAAAUUGGUGUAUCUUGUGGAGUAUGCUUAAUUCCGAUGAAAGAUCCAAAAGAACUUAAAAAUCAUGUAGAAGAAGUUCAUUCCAGUGUUCUUUCAAGGCCUAAUACAUGCCAAGUUUGUGGAAAACAAUAUGCUUCAAAGUGGAAAGCUUUUGAUCAUACUAAGAAAUGUCAUGGAAAAGUAUUUAGGACUUGUAAACAAUGUUUAGCUGUUUUUACUGAAGAUUCAACAAUUAGAGAUCAUUAUGAAAGAAUACAUAAUAUUCCCAAAGAUCAACUUGCUGCAUUUGAACACAGAUUAGAUAUUGGUUCAAAAAAUGAGGAUUUUGAAAUAGAAUCUCCUGAUAUAAUAAUUAAAGAAGAACCAGAAGAUUUAGAAUAUGAUGUAGAUAUAUGUGAUGAGGAUUCCAAUGAUUCAAAAAGAAGAAGAUCCUUAACUGAUACUUAUGAUUGUGAAAUGUGUCCAGAAAUGUUUGUAAAUAGUGAUGGUCUUUCGAAACAUUAUCGAAAUAUGCAUAAUACAGAUCCAGAAAGAAUGUUUAAAAAAUUAAAACAAGAUGAACAAAGAAAAAUGCGUGGGAAAAUGAAUUUCUUUUGUAAAAGUUGUAGGAAGCAAUUUUGUACAAAAACAUUAUAUUGGAAUCAUAUUGCAACUUGUAAGAAUAUACAAAAGGAAGAAGAAUUAUUAACUUCAAGAAAUGAUAUGUUAAGUAAUCAAGAGCAUUUGAAGAAUAAUAAUGAAAUUAAAAAAGAAGAACCUACAUCAAAUUUAAAUAUUCCUGAUUUUAAUCUCUUUGAAGAUAUAAAUCUUCAGCUUUCUGGUCAAAAACCUCUUCCAAAUCUUAUGCCACUUUCUCAAAGGACAAAAUCUUCAAUAAAAUGUUCAAGAAAAGAUUCUAGAAAAGUUUAUGAUGAAUCAACAAAUACAGAAUGUGCUUGUGAAGUGUGUGGAAAACAAUGGCCAGCAAAAAAACAUUUAUGGCAACAUUUAAUUCGUUUCCAUCGUGCAGAAGCAGCAGUCACUUGUGGAGUAUGCCUGAAACUUUGCAAAGAUUAUAAUAAUUUGGCAGAACAUUUAAAAGCUGCACAUGAAGCAAUUCUUUCAACUGAAGGAAAUAAUUUUACAUGUAAAAUUUGUGGCAGAUAUCAUAAUGCACGGAGUAAAUUGUUACUACAUACAAGUAUUCAUAUUGGUCAUGCGGGUACUAGCACUUGGUGUUCAAAAUGUCGAAAAAAUAUAACUGAUGAAGCUACACAUCCAAAUAUAUGUACUGGAAAAACAGAAGAAGAACAAUUGAAAAACAAUGAGAAAACAGAAGGAAGUUUGAUAGCGGAUGAUGCGAUGAUUGAAGAAGUAGAAGAAGGAGAUUAUGAAUCUGAAGCAGAAGAAGAAGCAGAUACAGAAGAAUCUGAAAGUGAUAGUAGUACUGAAGCUGAAGAAGAAAAUGAAUCAGAGGAUGAAUCUAGAGCAACUGGAGAAAUUACUUACAAUUCAGAAAGCGAAGAUUCAGAAGAACUAGAUAAUUUAGAAAUUGAUGGAAAAAAUUUACAAGAUUAUACUUUAGAACAUAUUCAAGAAGUCAAAAACAUAGAUGCAGAGAAAGAUCAUGCAAGUUUAUCAGAUGAUGAUGAACCUCCAGUUCUCAGUCCAAUAAUGCCUUUGAUGUCUGAAAAUAUAUCUAUAGAACAGUCAAUAGGUCAUAAACUUGGUUCUAUAGUGCCUUUAACUAGUAAAGGAAUAGAAAUGUGCAAUUUAUCAGAAAUCCAAAAUCGAUGUUCUCCAAAAUCUAUGAAUUUAUAUGAAAAACAUUUAUCUAAAAAUAAAUCUUUAGAACUUGAAUCUAAAACAUUUGUAAAUCGUAGUGAUGAAGAUUUUGAAGAUACAAAAAAUGAAUUUGAUGAAAAUUCUACUGAAGAAAAUGAAGAAGAAAAUGAAAAUAAUGAAGAGAUUGAAGAAAAUGAUGAUAUUGAAUUAAAUGAAGAAAUAGAAGAAACUGAAGACAAUGGAGACAUUGAAAAAAACGAAAACAGUGAACAAAUUGAAGAAAAUGGUGAUAUUGAAGAAAUAGAAGAGAAUGAAAGAAAUGUUAUUGAAGAAAUGGUAGAGAAUGGAGAAAUUGGAGAUAUUGAAGAAAUGGAAGAUAAUGAAAGAAAUGAAGAAAUUGAAGAAUCAGAAGGGCAUGAAGGAAAUGAAGAAAUUGAAGAAACAGAAGAAGAGGAAGAAAAUGAAGAAAUCGAAGACAGAGAGGAAAAUAUGCAAUUGGAUGAUCUAGAAGGAGCUGUUCUGAUGGUAGCCAAUGGAGAUCAAAUAUUAAUUCAGCAAGAAAUAUUGGAAGAUGAAAAUGAAAAUUCAAAUCAAGAAUAUGUUUAUUCUGCGCUUAGGUAUAGUACAGAAGAAGACAGUGAUAAUGAAAGGAAAUGAGUGCCAAAUUGAAAUUAAAUAAUUUGAAGAAAUGAUAUGAUAACAUU